AUGGAUACCUUACUUACUGCAGAAAUCGUGGCCAACUCGCCCCAGUUCCGGCGAAAGUCCUCCAUUUUUGUUGAUGCAAUUCAUGACCUGCCAGAAAAAGCUGAUCUUGCCCCAGCUCAGCUCUAUAGCACUGAGUCUGGCCGGCUUUUCCAUUCUGGCCGGAUCGUGAUCAUCACUGUGGGGUUGCCCGCCAGAGGCAAGACACAUAUCUCGGUGGCAUUAGCACGGUACCUUCGAUGUCCAGUGAGCACUAACAUUUCUGAAAGGCUAGGAGUCAAGACCCGAAUUUUCCAUCUCGGUGACUAUCGUCGUGCUACGAUCCCAUUUGGCGAAGAUAUGCCCGAUGAUUAUUUUUUCGUGAACGCAUCGGCGUCAUCCGUUCUGCUUCGCCAAAAGAUUGUGAGAAAGUGUAGAGAAGAUAUCUAUCACUUCUUGAACCAUGAAAAUGGUCAAAUUGCGAUCUAUGAUGCGGUGAAUCCUCUGGCCUCGGGGCGACGCUCGCUUGCCAAAGAAUUUGCAAAGCAUGACAUCGAGACUCUCUUUAUUGAGUCUUGGUGUGAUGAUGAGCGUAUAAUUGAAGAAAACGUGCGCAGGGUCAAAAUUUCCUCUCCUGAUUACAUUUCAUGGAGCCCCGAGGAUGCUGUCAAACAUUACCUGACUCGCAUCUCAUCCCGGAUCCCCCAAUUUCAAACCAUGGAAGAGAAGGACCUCAAUUAUAUCAAGAUGAUGAAUGCUGGGGAACGGUUGAUUGUGAACAACUGCAGCUUUGGCUACCUUUCUAACCGUAUUGUGUUCUACCUUUUGAAUCUUCAUAUUAAAUCGCGACGAACGUAUUUUGUUCGGGCUGGUGUUUCUCUCGAGGCCGAUUCUUACAAGGCAGAUGCGUCUCUGUCAGACCAGGGCGAGGAAUAUGCGAAGAAGAUGACCGACCGCCUGCUUGAACAUCGAGAAUCAGAAAAGCGUGCUAUCGUUGACCGAGGCGAUGCGGCCUAUGAACUUCGACCGUUGAAGGUCUGGACUUCAACCAGACGUCGAACAGUCGAGACUGCAAAAUACCUUUAUGACAGGGGUUACAAGGUUCGGCAGCGUUCACAGAUGAGCCAGCUCAACCCUGGGGUUUGCGAGAAAAUGUCAGAGAGGCGAAUUCGUGCCGAAUUCCCUGACGAGGUUGCAAAACAUGAACUUGAUCCCUAUCACCACCGGUACCCUCGAGCAGAGUCUUAUCACGACCUUGCUGUUCGCCUUGAGCCGAUCAUCCUUGAAUUGGAGCGAGAGCAGAACGACUUGCUUAUCAUUGCCCACGAAAGUGUUCUGAGAGUCUUGUAUGGCUAUCUCAUGGCCUGUAACGCCGCCGACAUUCCGUUUUUAGAGUUCCCUCGGGAUGAGAUUAUUGAGAUCAUUCCUGAAAGCUAUCAAAAUGAAGCACGCAGAAUUCAUAUUCCUGACCUCCCCGAGGAGAUCAUUCCUGACUCUCCAGAGGACUUGAAAAUACCAGUGCCUCCAAGUGGGGUGGUAUCUCCGAUGUCAGGCCUGGGUAGUCCACAGGAUGGCGGUGCAACUCCCCAGAGCGGUUUUCGCACCCCCAGUGGACUUCGGACUCCGCGCGAGCCUGAGCGGAUCUCCCAGCAACAUGUUGAGGACGUUGUUUAA